CGUUGCAUGUAAAAUUGCACAGAAAAGCAUUUACACAAGGUUCCCCCCCAGGGUUUUGUAGUUAACGAUCCUCGACCGCCAUUGUAUCUGUUCCGGCAUCCGGUAAAUGUGGACACGAGUCAUUUAAUUGUCCUGUUGCUAACCUGAGUCCUAAAACAAGCUGGAGCAGCGGCCUGCGGAAGGCCCAGAGAUAAGGCAGGCGGGCUCGCAUAACUUCACCGCUGCACCUCUAACUGCAUCAUUGGAAACCUCCGUUUAGCAGACAGCUUUAAAGUAACUUGAAAGGGCCAAGAAGUAGUGUGGACAGCCUGGGUAGGGAGGGCAGCGCCUGUUCGGGCGGCGGUCGAUGCAAGUUGAGCAUAUCCCCUUCAGCAACAAUGUUUCGUGUUUGAUUAAGUCCGUGCGUCCGGACUCUGGCGCCGCGCCGCUUGGAGAGGUGACGGACCUUGUUGGAGCGGGUCCUGGUGUGCCUGCUAUGGACUUGCUUGGCCCGGCUGCCCCAAUCUUACAGCCCAGCCCACCGUUCCACGCAGCAGCUGACCAUCUUGGCGAUCCUGGCUCCUCCUUCGAACAAGAGGCAGCAGGCAUAUCUAUAGAUGCGUCCAGCUCUCUAGGUUCAGGUGCAGAUACCCGACCAGCACCCGGAUGGCUGCAGCAAGGGAACCCGCUUGGGGGGCCAUCGCCAGCAGCACAUAAUCCUGACUCGUCAACAACACCGCUCCUGAGCAACGGAGCGGAAACCUCGCCACAUACGCAACAAGAGGCACAGCAACAACUCCAGCAGCAGCAGCAGUCUCUCUCAGAAGGCACAGGGACAAGAAAGCGGACGGCAGCAGCGAUGGAGGUUGACUCUCAAGGCACCGCAACGCCAGGUACUGCCUGUGACAUGGACACGCAACAAGGAGACGGCUCAGCAGAGCCCUCUCCCUCGCACCCACACCCAGAAGACGGGCGGCCGCCGGCGACCGCUGCAGACACCCCCGCCUCGGCCUUUGACCCGUCCGUACAUGCUUCAGGGCUCCCAAACGGCUUCUUGCCCCCGCCUCAACCGCCACCACAACCACCACACCCGCUCCAACCCGCUUCCGGCCCCGCCAGCGCGGAUGCCGCUGCCGCAGCAGCGGGCACGAGCACGUCCCCCGCCGCCAACACAUCCCCUGCCAGCGCCGAUGCGGGCUCCGCAACCGCAGCACCCUCAGCCUCAGCACCGCCUGCAGCAGCUGCUGCUGCUGCUGCGGGUGUUCCGGCGGCAGGUGCCGCAGCGGGUAGCAGCGGCGGUGGCAUGGUAGCGGACGUGUUGGCGGUUGAGCUGCACCAGAUCGUGACGACCCGGAGCGGCGGCGUGUCGGAGGUGGGGUUCGCGGGGCGGCUGGCGGCGCUGGUGGAGG